CGUAAACAUGGCGAGCGGCUAACGAUUCAGUCCUGACGGCCUUUCAAUUUCACCUCCAGAAAAUAAACCAUACACUUUGCGUUAUAUUUGGCGCACAGGGGUGCAUGUGUAGGGCGCUGUGCUCUACAAGUUUUUCUUGAAUAAAAGGGUGAAGGAGACGCACCGGCAAAAUGGGGCGACGUUCAACCUCCUCCACCAAGAGUGGGAAGUUUAUGAACCCCACCGACCAGGCCAGAAAGGAGGCCAGGAAAAGAGAGUUGAAAAAGAACAAGAAGCAGAGAAUGAUGGUGAGAGCUGCAGUGCUGAAGAUGAAGGACCCCAGACAGAUCAUCAGAGACAUGGAGAAGCUGGAUGAGAUGGAGUUCAACCCAGUGCAGCAGCCCUUGCUGAAUGAGAAAGUGUUAAGGGACAAGAGGAAGAAGCUACGUGAGACAUUUGAACGCAUAGUCCGUCUGUACGAGAGGGAGAAUCCUGACACCUACAAGGAGCUUCGCAAACUGGAAUUGGACUAUGAGACUAAACGCGGGCAGCUGGCUCUCUAUUUUGACUCAGUCAAGAAUGCAGAGUCUGUGGAGGUUGACAGUAUCCCUUUACCAGAUAUGCCUCAUGCCCCCUCCAACAUCCACAUCCAAGAUAUCCCACUACCAGGGGCUCAGCCUCCCUCCAUACUGAAGAAGGGCUCCUCUUUUGGUAAAGGAUCUCUAACGUCAUCCUCCGGACCAAUGUUGGCAACAGUGCCAGGUGUCCCACGUUUACCUCCAGGAAAGAAACCCCCUGGUCCCCCACCUGGGCCCCCGCCCCCACAGGUCCUGGCACUGUACGGCAUUCCUGCUCGACGAGCGUACGGCACAGACUCAGAGCCCUCCAUUCCUGGUUUAGAAAAGGACUCUGCAAUGGAGCUGGGAAGAGACAGGGACAGUGGCAGUGAUAGCGACAGAGACCGAGAUGAUGUGGAUGAUGAUGACAGCGAGUCAGAGGAGGACAGUGAAGAAGAACGAGAUGACGGGGCAGACGGUGACCAGAGAAUGAUUGUGGACAGGCAGGACGAUGAGAGGGAAAGAGAGGACGACAGAGACAGACAUGCUAGUCGCAUUGUGCGUUUUGCAGACAUCCCUGCAGAGGCGCCCCGUGAAGGAAAGAGGAAGAAAAAGAGGCUGGUGAAGAAGACAAAGGCCAUUACCCCACUGCAGGCCAUGAUGUUGAGGAUGGCAGGUCAGUCUAUUCCUGAAGAUGAGGAAGAAGAAGAGGUAGAGGAGGAAUACACAGAUGAGUCAGACACCUCAGACAUCGAGGACAGGGGACCGCCAGGGGACAACCAGUCCCACAUGCGUCCACCCCUUCCUGGUGGGCCAGUGGGACAGCAAGGGCCCCCACACAUGCAAGGUCCACCAAUGGCAGGGCCUCCACCUCUGGGUCCACCUCCAGCUCCUCCAAUGAGGCCUCCUGGUCCACCCUCUGGCCCGCCUCCUGGCCCUCCACCAGGUGCUCCUCCGUUCUUGAGGCCUCCUGGUAUGCCUGGAGGCCUGAGGGGUCCAAUGCCUCGUCUUCUGCCUCCUGGACCUCCACCAGGCCGACCCCCUGGCCCUCCACCAGGCCCUCCUCCUGGCCUCCCACCAGGCCCCCCACCUCGCGGACCCCCUCCCAGACUACCACCCCCAGCACCACCAGGUAUCCCACCUCCUCCCCCAAGAGCAGGAGGGCCCCCACGCCCACUUGCCCCACCACUCUCCCUCUUUCCUCCACCUCUCAACUCCAACGUGCUCAGUGCUCCUCCCAACAUUGUGCAGCGGCAAAAAGGCCCAGGAUCUGGCCAAGACGGUUCACAGAGCAACAUGCCUCCCCCUUCCAUGCCCAUGCGACCAGGUGUCAUGCAGAUGCCCCCUCCCCCGGGGACUGCUGCAGCCUCGUCAGGCGGCAAUCCUGGCAGCAACCCCCCCAGCCACCACCACGCAGCCACCAUCGAAAAACGAGCCAACAUUACCUCUGUGGCUGCCACAGCAGGUGGCCUGGCGGCGGGUGGAGCCUCUGGCGGAGCCACCAUCUCUGCCAAACCUCAGAUUAUCAAUCCCAAGGCGGAGGUCACCCGCUUUGUGCCCACAGCACUGAGGGUGCGUAGGGACAAGAGUGGGGCAAUGCCCGGGGCAGCGCCUGGCCCUAUGGAGAAAGUUGGGGGUGGUAUUGGAGGAAGGAGGGGAGAUGAAGGCAUGGGAGGUGGCAUGGGGCUUAAACAGCAGGUAACCGCUGCUCACAUGGGCUUGGCCAACCCAGUCCAGAUGGGUGCUGUGCCUCAGUCCAACAUGAAGACUAAGGACCAGGUGUAUGAAGCCUUUAUGAGGGAGAUGGAGGGUCUCCUCUGAAACCUGACGAUACUAGGGGAUAAUGUUUAGUGAACAAAAGAAAUUAAUUUGUUUUCUAUGUUUUCUUUGCAGAGUAAUAGAAAUAGCUUUCUUCAAAGGAGUCAGCUAGAUGAGUUUCUCUUUUUAAACCAAGGAAAGGCUGCUACACUUCACACUGGUCUCAGCAGGCUCAUCUUCAUUUAAUCUGGGCUAUUACUUCUUGUGUCAAAGAGAAUGUAAAUGUCUGAAUAUAAAUGUAAUUGGAAACAUUUCGAUUGGUUACUAUUCCUCUAGGCAACUCAUAACAAGAACACUAUGCUCUGCACUGAAAAACUAUUUUUGUCAGAGAUUAACAAGUGCUUUUUGUUCAUCAGUUUUGUUUUUUUCGUACAACUGUGUUUUUUCCCAGCCAGCUGUUUGUCAUUUACCAUGACCAGAUUACCAUUUUGUAUGAUUGUAUUUGUUUAUUUUAUUGACGACCUCCUGAACAUGUUGGACAUCAAAACAGUGGUGUUUGAAUGUUUGUCAACCUUUGACAAAAUACGUCUGAAACUGUUAGAUCUGCAGCUAAAUAAAUACUU